AUGCUGGCACACUUAGGAAUCUAUACAGUCAAAAUAUGUUUGGCGCGCAAUAUUAGAUAAAAUCGAACAAUUUGAGGCAAGAGAUUUUAACUUUUUUCCGUUCUCCAUAAACAGUGAAUGCUUUUUGCAUUUGGUACUGUUAGAAACAGUCUGUAGGCUUCUGAUUCUGACCUGCAUUAGAGGGCCCAAUAUCGCACAUUCUUGUUCUGUACCUACACAAAGAACUAACUAAAGCCGCUCCACUCGCUAAAAGGGGUAAUAAAGAAACUGCUGAAAACUGGAUUCAUAACUAGUGGAAUUUUAGCACAGAAUUAUCCAUUUGAAGAGAAAAUGCAAGAGGAUUUUCAUCAGGCAUCAUCAAAAUUGAAGCUGAAAAUAAGGAAAAGAGAGGUAAAAGAUGUCCAUGGAGGACGAAUUGUUCGACCCACUGGACGAAAGGAUAGGCACAGCAAGGUAUGCACCAAAAGGGGGCCUAAAGACAGACGUGUUAGACUGUCACCAAAUACUGCAAUUCAAUUUUAUGAUGUGCAAGAUAGGCUUGGCUAUGAUCGUCCGAGUAAGGCCCUCGAUUGGCUGAUGGAGGAGGCCAAAUCCGCCAUUGAUGCACUUGAUCAAUCAGAUAACAAUGCUGCAAUUAUCAUGCAGUCAGAUGAUCACCGAGCAGGGGAAGGAUUUCAAGAUCAUAGCCAAAGGGAUACAUUUUGUCACCAGAUGCAACCUGAUGGCAGUUUUUCGACGUCCGAAUCUGGAAUUCAGUGCCAAGAAGUCUGGAAGGAUAAUCCCAUUUAUCAUAACAACCUGAAAAGCAAAACUCAAGGCCAAAGCCUUCAUUGUUCUAGCCAAUAUCUCCCGGAUGACUCGAUUAUUAUCUCUGGUUACGAACAAGGCCUAUUCUCCAUGUCAACUCCUUCACAUUUGGAUACAGAUUCGGAAAUGGCUGCAAUCCAAAAACUGUUCACUUGGAAUCAUGAUAAUGGCCAAAAAAAUCAGUUCUCUUCUCAAAGGGAACCCCUUCAGUCCAGUGAAUGUCCUCCCAUGAAUUAUGGUCUGUCGAACACCCAAUUUUCAAGCAUCGGCCUCUCUGGUCAAGAAAUAUCAGAAAUUACUACUGCGCCAAUUGAAGUAGGGGAAAUGGAGAGUAAUUCAAUUUUUAUGAAGGCGAAGCCAUCUUGUGGUACGCCAUUUUCGCAUUUUGAAGACUUCCUGGCUAAUAGUCCUCUUCCUUAUGAUGCCUGAACUCUGGCGCCUGGACAAAUUACAAAAAGGGAAAGUCAAGCAAUGUGAGUGAUUGGGAGUUUGCAGGGAGUAUGAUUUUCUUUGUUAUGUAUAUCGUAGAGAUGAUCUCCAUUAAGUUUGCAUGUUACGGUAAUUGCGAGUUUUCUUUUAAAUUGUCGUCAUUUUUUGUAUUACCCUUUUUUUUUUUUAAUU